AUGAAGUUGAAAAAAUUGUGGCCGUUCAAAAAGAAGGAGAAAGCUCCCAUGCCAACUCGUUCAGAAGAUAUCACGGCGAUGAGGGGGGCCGAUGGCCCCACAAUGCUUGAGAUUGAGAGGCGCCAUCUCAAGCGAUUGAAGCAAGAAGGUGCCUCGGAAUUCGUGAUCGAAUGCCAAACGAAGACGGUCAAAAGCUGGGCGAAUUCCGAGAAGCGCAGAAUCGCCGCCGAAAAGGCACGAGCGGCGUAUGAAAAGUCCCAAGCUCGCGGAAGGCGACAACGGGCAGCGGCAAGGAGAUGGGUGAACAACAUCUCCCUAUUUUUUGGUGGCGACUACGUAACGCCACCUGAGGACCCAUACAUCCCGGCACCGGGUGAGAGGGUCUUGUUCCAGCACAAUGGUGCCAUCUGCCGUCCGGAGCGUCCGGACCCGUCCACCCCCGCCCAGAAUCCCUUGGAGGAUGCCAACGUUUGGGGCAGCUGGGAUGAGCAGCUGUCUCGACAGUUUGCCUUCCCGAUGGAGGAGGCGGCGAGGAUUCGGGCCGAGAUCGAACACGGUUCGACCGAAGGGUCGACCGUGGACGACUCGGCCGACGAAGACCUCGCCGGGGGCCAGGGGAGCGGGCAAGCCGUCCGAGACGGCUACCGCUUGUACGAGAACCUCCGCAAGGCGGAGAGGGUGUUGGGCGAGAAGAUUGACAUCUCCGCCUACAAGCUGGCAUUGGCGCGGGCCGACCCGCGACCCCCAACCCCCCCACACAUGAAGCCGGGGUGGGUGAUGCCACCCCGGGCUCCCGGCGACCCCCCUCUCCCAGACGCCGCCGUUCUCAACGGGCCGAAGAGGCCGCGGGCAAACCCCUACGAGAAACCGACCACGAAGUGGUCGUUGCCUCCCUUUGUGCCGCCCCCAGCCCCAGCCCCAGCCCCAGUCCCCCAGCCGCAAGCGGGCCUCUCCCAGGGCCACCCACAUGGGGAACCCCUCCGCGAGGAGGAGUUCUUCCGUGGGCGUGCUGCUGGUGAUGCCCAAAGGGCGUCUGCGGACUCCGAUGCCCUCGGGGCAAUCGAGAAGGAGUUCCUGCACCAGAGUUGCCCCCCUGUCACGCCGGCCGUCAGGCCAACCUCAGAGGUCCCAACGGAAGGGGACUUCCAGGGACAGGUUGAGUUUAUACCACUCAACCUUACCUGCUCCAACCCUGAGGAAGGGAUGACGCUGGCCGAGAUGCUGGCCUCCGAGGGAUUGGAGGACAGCGAGUUGCCACCAGCCGCAAGGCUGAUAGAGGUGGCCAAAAAGCCGAGCCUCAAGAUCAAGGGGUUCGGUGUCUCCCCAUUGGAAGGGGAGCAGGGCCGUUCUGGAGGGGGGCCCACCUUCAAUGAAGGUGGGAUUGACAUGGAGGUCUAUAGGGCCAAACGGAUGGGCGACCCAUACCGUGACUCUGGGAUUACCAGAGAGCGGUAUGGGUCGACCAUCGACCACGAGAAGGCGGCAGAGAUGGUGAAAACUGCCAAGGACCUCGGGAAGCAUCCCGAGGAAACCUUCAAGUCAAUCAGGGGGAUCCGACAUCGCCCGGAGAACCAGAAGCCAAAGGUUGGCUUCGUUGACCACCUCCAGCGAUACUUGGCGGCAUCAGAGGGCAGGAACCUCGAUUUCUUCGACCUGCAUGCGCGAAAGAAGGGGGGGAUUAAGCAGUCGGAGCGAUACGAGGAGCAGCAGCUGAAGAAACGGCUCGAACAACGGGCACGAGAAGCGCAGGGGGGUCUUCCAUCGGUUGAAGAGACACAACCGAUGAGGAUUAUUCAUGAAAAGCCGGCGACUCCAAAGCCGUACCUCGCUGUUGCCGUCGAAGAAAAGCGACCCUUCGACCCAGCCAACGACAAUGACGGAGGAAUUCAGUUGCCGACCUUGUCGUCGUAUGGAUCUAACAAUACUCAGCUACACGCUUUCUCGUCACGUGGGCCUGACACUACUGGAGAAAUCCAGUUCGCAGCUCCGUCGCCAUAUGAACCUGAUAACACCGAAAAGGCCGAAUUCCCAGAUCCAUUAUCAUGUAUGGUCAAUGAUAUUGAAGGGAUCCAGAUACCAACCUUGUCGUCAUAUGGAACUCAGUUCCCGCCUCUGUCACCAGACCAAGCUUACAAUUCUGAGGAGGCCCAGGUUUCAGCCCCAUCACCAUAUGACGCUGGCAAUGUCCAGGAUAUUCAGUUGCCAACUCUGUCUUCAUAUCAGGUUGACAGCAUUGAGGAACCCGAGCUCGAAAUUCCCUCAUCGUCUGAGGUCGACGUUUUCCACGAAUUGCUGCUACCUAACCUGCCAAUACCGUACGAUGAUGACGAUGACGACCAAGGCUCGUAUCAUGGAGGCUACCCGGGAGAUGACUUUUUCCGUCCUCCUCACCCAGAAGAUCUCGUUCCAUUCGAAAUCCCAUAUACUGGUCUUCGAUACGAUUCUGACGAUGACUAUUUACCGUACCCUUCUCCUGAUCCCGUCCAACUUGAGUAUCCAACAGCUACGCCAUUUAUUCCCUUUGACAGCAUGCUGUUCCCCAGGACGUGCGAUGUAAAGCGUAUGGUGAAACCGCGCGGCCUUGAGACUACAAUCGAGCCCAGGGAGACAGAAGUAAAGAGGAGGAAAGUUCCAGUACUUACAGUCGAAGGUAGCGCAAGUGCACUACUGAUUAACGCUAUUGUCAAAGUCAAAAACGAGCGAUCAAGUCUAGGCGAUCCCUGUACACCUCUAAAGCUUUUAUCUCCGACACCAGAUGACGAAAUCUGGAUUAUGAAGUUCAACUUCGACGUCAUCCUUGAGGCUGAGCGCCUAGCGAAAGAAUCCGGGAAUUCUGAGUGUGUUAAGUCUGCUGUGAGGACAGCUGCUAGAGAACUGGGAGUUGAAUUACCCCAAAGUGCAGGAACCCAUCUUUUGAAUCUACGUACCUGGUUGAUGAGAGAGUAUUACGAAAGUCGAGCAACGCUGAAGGCACGGCGACGACGAGAAAUAGAGGAUCUUCUCGUGCUAGAACAGCUAGCGCAAGAGAGAUUGAAUCCAAAAGGAGUCCCACGCAAGGACAGAAACACUGCCAAUGGUGUCGCGAUAUCAACUAAGAACACUAUUUCGAAAGGAAAUCAGUCACGACCGGGAAGUCAAUUUGACAAUCCGCGAAUCAAAAGCCAAUCGUCGACUACACCAUCCGACAUUCAGUUGACCAUUUCACGACCUGAAAGCCAAUCUGCUGCCUCACUACCUGAGAGCCAGUCUGCUGCUUCACGACCUAUAUCUCAAUCGGCUGACUCACGACCCGGAAGCCGACUCUUUAUGUCUAAACGACAACCCAGACCUGUUUUUGGUCUCAGGCGACGUCUUGGCCCGGAAGAACGUAUCAAUACUCGAUCUCCACAACAGGUUACAUCAGUCCGCAAUAGUGCACAGUCAGAAGCUAGUUCAAUGGCUCGCUACCAACAAGCCUUCCCUGUUGAUCGUCCACCAAGCCAAACAACCGGCACAUAUAUCCAAGGUGUUCCCGAAUACUUACCCCAACCAUCUUCAGCUGAAUCCGAACAAGCUCGAAAUAGCAUACAGUCAGAAGCUUGUUCAAUGGCUCGCUGCCACCGGUCUUCACCUGUUGGUAGUCCAUCGAGCCCAAUAGUAGACACGCAUACCCACAGUGUUCCCGAAGAGACACUCCAACAAUCUCCACCUCAAGCCGCACAAGCUCGGAACAGCGUACAGUCCGAAUCCAGUUCAACUGCUCACCAUCGGCAGUCUUCACUCGACAGUAGUCCGUCAAGCCCAACAGCAGAAGCAUAUCUCCACGGCAUUCCUGAAGGUUUCCUUCGAGAACACGCUCAAAUGGCAAACGAAAGAAUUCUUGAGUCACAAGUUCAGCCAUCUCCCUCCGGCGUCGUAAGACGACACCGUGUCCGUGUCCGCACGCGCCCAGCGAAAUUUGACGUCAGAGAUGUUUUGUAA